AAACCAGCACUGACUUCCUUUUCCUUUCUACUCUAUACCAUAAACUAAACUAACCUCUUUCUUUAUCCGUCAAGCUUUGUAAGCAAAGGCGACAAGAUGACGAACUCAAAGGGUUACCGCCGCGGUACGAGGGAUCUGUUCGCCCGCCGGUUCCGCACCCAUGGCGUCAUACCCCUCUCCACGUAUAUGAAAGUGUACAAAGUUGGAGACAUCGUUGACAUCAGGGGUAACGGUGCCGUCCAAAAGGGUAUGCCACACAAGGUUUACCACGGAAAGACAGGCCGUGUAUACAACGUCACAGCCCACGCCUUAGGAGUCAUUGUAAACAAGCGAGUUCGCGGCCGCAUCAUCCCCAAGCGCAUCAACAUCCGCGUUGAGCAUGUGAAGCACUCCAAGUGCAGACAGGACUUCCUCAAGCGCGUCAAGGAGAACGAGAGGCUGCUGAAGGAAGCGAAGGCCGCCAACAAGAUUGUCAAGCUGAAGAGACAGCCUGCUGCCCCCAAGCCCGCUCAUAUCGUCAGUGGUACAGAGAAACCUGUGCUGUUGGCUCCGAUCCCAUAUGAAUUCAUAGCCUAAGGGGAUUAAAGUUAUUUAAGGAA